UUCAAUGAUUUCCAAACGUUUUCUUCAUAAGAGGUUUUCUCUCGUCUUGUUCCUGUCAUGACUUUCGCUUUAUCAUGUGUUCUUUUAUCGUCAGCUUUAUCACGUGAUAGCCCAGUUCUCCGGAUCUUUGUGUACACAAAGUGUCAAACGAGGUGACUGACCUGAAAUGGGAGUUUUAACUGUUUCGUUCCUUUUAUCGAUGGUGUUGAUCGGCACCAGUAGAGCCAAAUACGACCCGGACUGGAAAUCUAUCGACUCCAGACCGCUGCCAGACUGGUACGAUCAGGCCAAGUUCGGUAUCUUCAUACACUGGGGGGUUUUCUCUGUUCCGAGCUUCGGCAGCGAGUGGUUCUGGUGGUACUGGCAGAAGCAAAAACUAAAGCCGUAUGUUGACUUUAUGCAGAAGAAUUAUCCUCCAUACUUCAAGUAUCAAGACUUUGCACCACAGUUCACUGCUGAGUUCUUUGAUGCCAAAGAGUGGACAGACAUCUUUGCCUCAUCGGGAGCAAAGUACAUCGUCCUGACCACCAAACACCAUGAAGGUUUCACACUAUGGGGCUCAAACAGCUCCUGGAACUGGAACGCAGUGGAUGUUGGACCAAAAAGAGAUCUGGUUGAUGAAGUGGCGAGUGCCCUGCGUGCGAACAGUGACCUGCGUUUAGGGCUGUAUCACUCCCUCUUUGAGUGGUUUAAUCCGCUCUUUGAAGUGGACGCUGCCAAUGUCUUCACUACAAACUACUUUCCUACCAGUAAAACUCUGCCUGAGCUUUAUGAGCUCAUUCGCAAGUACAAACCAGAGGUGCUGUGGUCUGAUGGGGACGGAGAUGCACCUGACACGUACUGGAACAGCACAGGUUUCUUAGCCUGGCUCUAUAAUGACAGUCCUGUGCGGGACACGGUGGUGACGAAUGAUCGCUGGGGCUCUGGCUCCAUCUGCAACCAUGGUGGAUAUUACACCUGUGCUGAUCGCUACGAGCCAGGUCACCUGCUCAAACACAAGUGGGAAAACUGCAUGACCAUCGACACAAAGUCCUGGGGUUACAGACGCAACGCUCCUCUCAGUGACUACCUCACCAUCGAGCAGCUUGUAGCGACGUUGGUGGAGACUGUGUCCUGUGGGGGAAACCUGUUGAUGAACAUCGGCCCGACACACGAUGGGAGGAUCGCUCCCAUCUUUGAGGAGCGUCUGAGGCAGAUGGGUCAGUGGCUGAAAGUCAAUGGGGAGUCCAUCUACAACACAACAGCAUGGCGGGCUCAGAAUGACACCGUCACUCCCAACAUCUGGUACACUUUCAAACCACAGGAAAAGAGCAUCUUUGCCAUUUUACUCGAGUGGCCAAAUAAUGGAUCAGUGAUUCUGAAUGAACCUGUGGCGACACAAGGACAGACUCAGGUGGAGCUUCUGGGUCACGGGUCUGUGCAGUGGGAGCCCGUGAAGCCCGGCGGCCUGCAGGUUCUCCUGCCUCAGCUGUCCUUCAGCCAGAUGCCAUGCCAGUGGGGCUGGACACUGAGGCUGACAGGUGCCACUUAAAGUCAAAGCAGAGCAGCUGAAGAGCGACUGACAGAGCUGCAGGACGAAAGAACGACACAUCACUUGAUUCUUUUUAUGUUAAACUCACUGAACACCACCCAUAAAAUACACUGUCCUCUCUGUGAGGUGCACUAUUACAGUCUUUUAAAAAACUACUUUUCAUUAGUACAUGAUCAUUGAUUUUGUGGAUCACUUUUAGGAUUUAAGCAUUUUGUUCUGACUCCAGUGGUGGAAUAAAAGUACAUUUAAUCGAGUACUGUACUUGAUAUUGAGGUAUUUUACUUCAAUAUACUACUUUAACUCUUUUUGGAAGCAAUAAUGUACUUUUUACUCCACUACACUUUGAUUACUUUGCAGACUCAGAUUAUUAAAACUAAAUAUAAAUCAAUUGAUAUAUGAUGAUGCAUCAUUACUUUUAGUCAUCUGGUAGUAUACAAAGUAAUUAACAUAAAAGUGGUACAUUAAAGUAAUUUUUACAUCCAAAAAAAGUCGAACUAUUGCUUAUAUAUACAUUCAACUUGUGAAAUCUGAUGUAAAAAGAUUUUUUUAAUACUUUUUUUUUUAACAAUUUUUCUGCACUUGUUAUUUUUAAAACCAACCUGUUUUAUGUCAUUUUUAAAAUGCAGUCUGUAGAACUGAUCAAUGUAGAAAUGAAUGCUUUAAAUGUGAAGGAAUGGUUAAAUAAAAAGUCUUAAAGCACCA